AUGGAGGCUCUCUACAAAAAACUCUACGCUAAAUACACCAGACUCAAGACUAACAAACUCUCCGAGUUCCACGACCCUGCCAAAGAACAAGAGCACAAAUUCCGGAAAUUCGUCUCUGCUUCCGAACAGUUGAUAGAUCACUUGAGGAACGAAUAUGACAAGGUCCUUCAACACAACAAUGACUUGCUAAAUGAAUUGACGUCGGUUAGGCUUGCCAAAGACAAACAACUCUUUGAUCUACAAAACCUUUUGAUGGAAGAAACCAAGAAAAGUGAAGCACUUCUUGAAGAAGUUGAGAAGUUGCAAAAGCGUCUGAACGAAGGAACUUCUGGUGAUUUAAAUAAUAGCAAUAAGGUCAAGAGCAAUACCUCCAUUAACUCAUCUGUAAGAAUGACAAGAAAACGUAUGAGCCGGGAACAGGAUGCAUUGGACAAAGAAGCGAGGUUUAUACCAUGUGAAAUUGAUGAAGGUAAUUCUGUGGAGAGAGAGUCGACACGAAGCUUUCGCAAGGAGAAUGCUUCCCAUAAGCUGCGGGAGUGCUCUGCGUCUGAGGUUAAUGAUCAAUCAGGCAUCGAUUUACAGGAAAGUGGUCAUAGUAGCUGGCUUGCUCAUGCUCUUUUUGAGUAUACAUUGGGUAUGAAGUUAUCCUUUGACAAUCAAACUGGACGAUCAUGUCUUUUUGCAAAUCAAUCAACCGGUUUCUCCUUCAGUAUAUCAUGGAUUGGCAAAACCCCUGGAGAGGAAGCUGGAGAGGAUGCAGAACUGCUAUACCAAGUACAAUCUCUAGGCAUACUUGAAAGAUUAGUACCAGAAUGGAUGACGGAAGACAUCAAGUUCAGCCCAACGAUGUGCCCCAUCUUCUUUGGAAGGGUAUCGCGUGUUAUCAAUUUGAGAUACUGA